UUCCCUAGAAAGUGGUGGUCUAUAAGAUGAAGACUCUGGAAAAUUGUAGGUUCUCUACAGGAACUACAAAAAUUGAAGGAAAGAAAAAUUUCAAAAGGAAAUUGUUUUGAAUGUAUGUUUACAACUAGUUGACUAUUGAAAGUUGUUUUUUUUUUAAAUAAUAAACCCUUUGAGAAGAUUGUAUUUAUGGUAAAAGGAAGUGGGACUAACAAUGAGGCCAAAGACUUUUCCUGCCACAACUUAUUCUGGAAAUAGCCGGCAGCGACUACAAGAGAUCCGAGAGGGGUUAAAGCAGCCCCCCAAGCCUUCGACCCAGGGACUGCCCGUGGGACCAAACAGUGAUGCUUCUCUGGAUGCCAAAGUCCUGGGGAGCAAAGAUGCUGCCAGGCAGCAGCAGAUGAGAGCUACCCCGAAGUUUGGACCUUACCAGAAAGCCCUCAGGGAAAUCAGAUAUUCCCUACUGCCUUUCGCCAAUGAAUCUGGCACUUCCACAGCUGCAGAGGUAAACCGGCAAAUGCUUCAGGAGCUGGUGAAUGCAGGAUGUGAUCAGGAAAUGGCAGGCAGAGCACUCAAGCAGACGGGCAGCAGGAGUAUUGAAGCCGCCCUGGAGUAUAUCAGUAAGAUGGGCUACCUGGACCCGAGGAAUGAACAGAUUGUUCGUGUCAUUAAACAGACUUCCCCAGGAAAGGGCCUUGCACCUGCCCCGGUGACACGGAGGCCCAGCUUCGAAGGUACAGGUGAAGCCUAUCCACCCUACCACCCAUUGGGCAGCUCCGCCUACGAGGGUCCAGGCUUUGGCACCGAGGGCCCCACUGCACUGGAGGAUGUGCCACGGCCCUACAUGGAUUUCCUCUAUUCUGGGGUCAGCCCCCAUGGGGUGCAUGGCCACCAGCACCCUCCCAAAAACUAUGGUGCAGGAGUGGAGGCUGGGGGGACGCACUUUCCCUCAGGUGCAGCCCUGCCACUGCCAGGUGCUCACUAUAGCCGCCCACACAUCCUGGUGCCAGCUGAGCCCCUGGGCUACGGUGUGCAGCGCAGUCCCUCCUUCCAGAGCAAGACGCCACCAGAGCCAGGAGGCUACUCUGGCCUGACUACCAAGGGUCAAGGGGGCCCCCCAGGCCCUGGCCUGGCUUUCUCAGCCCCAACCACAGGGCUGUAUGCUCAACACAUACACCACAAGCAGGCUGGGACCCACCAACUGCAUGUGAUGGGGUCCCGAGGCCAGGGGUUUGCUGGUGACAGCCCCACACAGAGCCUGCUUGCCUCCUCCAGAAACAGUCUCAACAUGGACCUGUAUGAACUGGGUGGUGCCCCUGUGCAGCAGUGGCCAGGUGCCACGCUGGCCCGCCGUGACUCCCUGCAGAAGCCUGGCCUGGAGGCACCACGCCAGCACAUGGCCUUCCGGUCCAGUGGCCCAGGACCCAGCAGGACCAACUCCUUCAAUAGCCAGCAACCUCGGGCCGGUGUGACAGGCCAGCCUGAGCCCUCCCUGCCCGCCCCCAACACUGUCACGGCCGUGACGGCCGCACACAUUCUGCACCCUGUGAAGAGUGUGCGGGUGCUGAGACCUGAGCCACAGACAGCUGUGGGGCCCUCGCACCCCGCCUGGGUGCCUGCCCCUGCCCCUGAGGGGCUAGACAGCAAGGAAGAACAUAGCCUGGGCCUGGGCAAUACCAGUACUCACCCCCUGGAUGUGGAGUAUGGUGGCCCAGACCUCAGGUGCCCACCACCACCCUACCCCAAGCACCUGUUGCUGCACAGCAAGUCUGAGCAGUAUGACCUGGGCCUGGACAGCCUGUGUGCUGGUAUGGAGCAGAGCCUUCGCUCAGAGCCCACCGACAGGGGUGACAAGAGCCACAAGAGCACAAAGGGGGACAAAGGCAGCAAAGAUAAAAAGCAGAUCCAGACCUCCCCAGUUCCUGUUCGCAAAAACAGCAGAGAUGAAGAGAAGAGAGAGUCUCGCAUCAAGAGCUAUUCCCCAUAUGCCUUUAAGUUCUUCAUGGAACAACAUGUGGAAAACGUUAUAAAGACCUACCAGCAGAAGGUGAACCGCAGGCUGCAGCUGGAACAAGAAAUGAGCAAAGCUGGACUCUGUGAGGCUGAACAGGAACAGAUGAGGAAGAUCCUCUACCAAAAGGAGUCUAAUUACAACAGGCUGAAGAGGGCCAAGAUGGACAAGUCCAUGUUUGUGAAAAUCAAAACCCUGGGGAUCGGUGCCUUUGGAGAAGUGUGCCUUGCCUGCAAGGUAGACACGCAUGCCUUGUAUGCCAUGAAGACCCUGAGGAAGAAAGAUGUCCUAAAUCGGAAUCAGGUGGCCCAUGUCAAGGCUGAGAGGGACAUCCUGGCUGAGGCAGACAAUGAGUGGGUAGUCAAACUCUACUACUCCUUCCAAGACAAAGAUAGCCUGUACUUUGUGAUGGACUAUAUCCCUGGGGGGGACAUGAUGAGCCUGCUGAUCCGGAUGGAAGUCUUCCCUGAGCACCUGGCCCGCUUCUACAUCGCAGAGUUGACUUUAGCCAUUGAGAGUGUCCACAAGAUGGGCUUCAUCCACCGAGACAUCAAGCCUGACAAUAUUUUGAUUGACUUGGAUGGUCACAUCAAACUGACAGAUUUUGGCCUCUGCACUGGAUUUAGGUGGACUCAUAAUUCAAAGUACUACCAGAAAGGGAGCCACAUCAGACAGGACAGCAUGGAGCCUGGUGACCUCUGGGACAAUGUGUCUAACUGCCGAUGUGGGGACAGGCUGAAGACUCUAGAACAGAGAGCACAGAAGCAGCACCAGAGGUGCCUGGCACAUUCCCUAGUUGGGACUCCAAAUUACAUCGCGCCAGAGGUGCUUCUGCGAAAAGGGUACACGCAGCUCUGUGACUGGUGGAGCGUUGGUGUGAUUCUCUUUGAGAUGCUGGUCGGGCAGCCGCCCUUUUUGGCACCUACCCCGACAGAAACCCAGCUGAAGGUGAUAAACUGGGAGAACACGCUCCACAUUCCAGCCCAGGUGAAGCUGAGCCCUGAGGCCAGGGACCUCAUCACCAAACUGUGCUGCUCAGCUGACUGCCGUCUGGGGAGGGAUGGCGCAGAUGACCUGAAGGCCCACCCAUUCUUCAGCACCAUUGACUUCUCCAGCGACAUUCGCAAGCAGCCAGCCCCCUAUGUCCCCACCGUCAGUCACCCCAUGGACACAUCCAAUUUUGACCCAGUCGAUGACGAGAGCCUUGAGAAUGAGGCCAGCGAAGGCAGUGCCAAGGCCUGGGACACGCUCACCUCCCCCCACAACAAGCACCCAGAGCAUGCGUUCUAUGAGUUCACUUUCCGGAGAUUCUUUGAUGACAAUGGCUACCCCUUUAGACGUCCCAAGCCUUCAGGGGCAGAGGUUUUGCAGGCUGAGAACUUGAAUUUAGAAAAUUCUGAUCUAGUGGAUCAGAGUGAAAGCUGCCAGCCUGUGUAUGUGUAGGUGACCCAGGGCCACCUGGUUUUGUCAGAGGUUGGGCUUACAGCCUGGUGGCUCUUAUUUUAAAUUAGUCCGUUGAUUACGUCACUUGAAAUUCUGGUCUUCGUUAAGGAAACCCAAAAACCAAGAAAAACUUUUUUCUUUUUUUAAGGGACUCAAGUCUAGUUGAUCUUUUAUUUCUAGAUUCUGGUUGAUGGCCAGCAGGGAGUGCCACCAUGCCUUUGAAUUGGCUUUUGAAGACCUUCUCUCACUGCAUUAAAACAUUUAAAACAAUUAGUAUAAGUUAGAGCACUUAUUUUGUUGAUAUCCAUUUUUUUCUUAACUAAAUUAUAAGGAUUAACUUUGACAAAUCAUGCUGCUGUUAUUUUCUACAUUUGUAUUUUGUCCAAUAGCACUUAUUCACAUUUAGGAAAACACAUGAAAAGUGAAGAACAUGUGAUAAGAAAUCCCUGUGCAAUAAUGUUUUUAAAAAAUAACACUCUGCUCAGAUUUCACGGAGACUGUUUUGUAUAUUUCUCACAUUUUAAAAUUGUGAUAUAAUGUUAAAAAGCUGCUUUUUUUGCUUUUUUGCAUAUUAUAUAGUAUAUUAGGAAGUGUGAGCAAAGAGAUGAUAUGGGUGUGAGUUCAGAUGUUUGGUGUGUGGAAAGUACUGCAUGAGCAGAGGUUUUUCUAUUAUAAAAUUACCGUAUCUUGCCAUUCACAGCAGGUCCUGUGAAUAUGUAUGUACCAAGUGUUUUUAAAUGAGGUAUUCUAGACCACAGUUAAUGUAUUGUGUGGGUGACUUCUUUGCCAUGAUUGUAUCCCUUAUUGUUUUGUUAAAGAAAUGCAGAUGUGUAAAUGAGAAGUGAUUUUUGUUUUAAAAUGUAUGUGUCUUUGGGUAUGAUUGGUUUCUUGCAGGGGUUGGUAAACAUCAACAUUUGUCAUGUACUAAACCUAUAUAUGUCAAAAGGGAUGAAUUCAGCUAUGCCAAGAUAUUGUGGUUAAUCAUGGAUCUUCUGUCUUUUUCUCUGACUAGCAUGCUCUCAUUCUUAUAUUGUUGGUGUGUGGAAUUCCGUGUCUAAGACCCUACUACUAUUUAAUUUUCCUUAAUGGACUGCUCCGCAAUAAGGUUAGAUGGAUGUUAUUCUUCCAUUGGUCUUAGACAGCUGAGACUUUAACAUGAAAUUAAGUAAUCUCACAGUUCUUUCUCUUUCUUUUUCUUUCUUUCUUUCUUUCUUUCUUUCUUUCUU